UUCAGUCUAGGAGCCACCUGUAGCAGGCAGCGAGUAUACCACGGAGGGUAGAGCGUCUCUAUCAGCACCGUUAUAUUCACCGUUAUACCGGCUGGACACGGGACUUAACUAAACCGUCUGGUUCUCCUCAGUCGAGCCGUUUUACAACCGAAGACUUGAAAGAUGUUUUUCAGUUAUCUGCCUGUCGUGUGUCUCCUGGGCGCUGUCGUUAAAGGAUUGACAACAACAGAUCCCAUCACACUAAAUUCAUCGUCAAUCGUCAUUACCGAUGAGACAACCCCCCAGAUCAGCAGCGAGUCCAGGACCACCACAGCAGCAGUCAGCAGCAACCCAACUGACUCUCCAUCAGGUCCAACCAGCGCUACAAAACUGUCCACCGCAAGCCCAGAGACAAGUCAUCCCACCAACACCAGUGAGACUACUGCUAUUACACCGACCCCACCCACCAGCAACGACACAACUGCUAUUACACUGACCCCAUACACCAGCAACGACUCAACUGCUAUUACACCGACCCCACCCACCAGCAACGACACAACUGCUAUUAUACCGACCCCAUACACCAGCAACGACUCAACUGCUAUUACACCGACCCCACCCACCAGCAACGACACAACUGCUAUUACACCGACCGCACACACCAGCAACGACUCAACUGCUAUUACACCGACCCCAUACACCAGCAAUGACACAACUGCUAUUACACCGACCGCACACACCAGCAAUGACACAACUGCUAUUACACCGACCCCAUACACCAGCAAUGACACAACUGCUAUUACACCGACCCCAUACACCAGCAAUGACACAACUGCUAUUACACCGACCCCAUACACCAGCAAUGACACAACUGCUAUUACACCGACCGCACACACCAGCAACGACUCAACUGCUAUUACACCGACCCCAUACACCAGCAAUGACACAACUGCUAUUACACCGACCGCACACACCAGCAACGACUCAAUUGCUAUUACACCGACCGCACACACCAGCAAUGACACAACUGCUAUUACACCGACCCCAUACACCAGCAAUGACACAACUGCUAUUACACCGACCCCAUACACCAGCAAUGACACAACUGCUAUUACACCGACCGCACACACCAGCAACGACUCAACUGCUAUUACACCGACCCCAUACACCAGCAAUGACACAACUGCUAUUACACCGACCGCACACACCAGCAACGACUCAACUGCUAUUACACCGACCGCACACACCAGCAACGACUCAACUGCUAUUACACCGACCCCAUACACCAGCAAUGACACAACUGCUAUUACACCGACCCCAUACACCAGCAACGACACAACUGCUACUACACCGACCCUACACACCAGCAACAAUUCAACUGCUAUUACACCGACCGCACACACCAGCAACGACUCAACUGCUAUUACACCGACCCCAUACACCAGCAAUGACACAACUGCUAUUACACCGACCCCAUACACCAGCAACGACACAACUGCUAUUACACCGACCCUACACACCAGCAACGACUCAACUGCUAUUACACCGACCCCAUACACCAGCAACGACACAACUGCUAUUACACCGACCCUACACACCAGCAACAAGUCAACUGCUAUUACACCGACCGCACACACCAGCAACGACUCAACUGCUAUUACACCGACCCCACACACCAGCAACAACUCAACUGCUAUUACACCGACCCCACACACCAGUAACGACUCAACUGCCAUUACACCGACCCCAUACACCAGCAAUGACACAACCUCCGUUACAGCCAUGACACAGUCGAGCAACAUCACAACAACUGCAGCGACCACACAAACCAGCAACGGCACAGCAAGUACAAGUACAGUAACUCCAGGAAUUUCUACAGCUGUACUAACUUCAACUACACUAACAAACUCUACUCACACCUCUACUGAGAAUUCCACAUCCACCACCACACCCUCAUCCUCAACUGUCACCACAAAUGCAACACUCACCCCCUCUGGACCCCCACCCUCUUCACCUACCUCCAUCUCUACCUCCAGCACUCUCCCUGCAAAAACCUCCCCAGGAAGUAGCACUGCACCCCCCAGUGGAAAUAACACCACCCUUAGUCCCUCAACAACAACCUCAGGAGUGACCGACCACACCACUUUGACUCAUUCAACUGAACCAACUAGUGGCAAUACAACAGCCUCAUCCACUACCAAUCCAACCUUCACCACCCCCACCAACCUGCGACCAACAGACAUGACCACCAACAACCCCACCACAGCUGCCCCAACCUUCCCUCCAGUCAUAGUGUGCCCUGCCGUCCCAUGCCCACUUGAAAGCGUAUGUCUUAAUGGUACUUGCCAGUGUCUGUCUGGUAGCUUCCUGGUGAAUGGCCGCUGUGUACCCGCUCAAGUGUUCCCAGGCCAGCUUCAUAUCACCUCCUUGACUUUUGAUAAUGAAAUGAGCAACAGGUCCUCAGCAAUAUUCCAACAGACGGCGGCUCAGAUCUCAGCAACGCUCAGAGAUGCCCUCAAAGAUCUGCAGGGGUAUAAACAGUCUGAUGUUGUGCAACUUGAACCAGGAAGUGUGCAAGCCACUGUAAAUAACAUAUUUGAAAUGACCACCGAUACUCAAGAGUCUGUUGAUCAGGCCAUUAAGAACGCUAUAGCAGCAGCACCAGCAACUGGAUUGUUGGCUCACGCUACAUUUAUAGCUACAAACCUAUGUGAGCAGAAACCAAUACCCUGUGAUAUCUCCACUACAACGUGCACAAAUACAAAUGGCCGUGCUGUUUGUUCCUGUAAAGAAGGCUACAUCUCCAUCCUGUACUCCAACACCACCUGCAUAGCAUGUGCAAGUGGGUGGAGGGCAGUGGGAGACACAUGUCAAUCAUGUGCAUUUGGAUAUGCUGGCUUCAACUGCAAUGAUUCCGCUCUGCUGGCAGUGGUGGUCAUCUCCUGUGUACUGGGAGGAGUUCUUCUCAUCAUUGUUCUGGCUUUGCUCAUAUGCUUUUGCUGGAGGAGAUGUUCAAAGAGCAAGCCGGACUACAGCAGCAGUCCAUACUCAUCAGGUGACAUAAACCAGCCCUGGCCCACUGGCAUCACCCCUAUCCCCCGUGCCUCCACAAACUGUUAUGAAGCUCCUCCCAUAGAGAUGGCAGAAGGAGGCAGCACUCGUGUCCUGGCGGACAAAAAUCAUCAAACCAACGGAUUGUCGGGAUCAUACGAUCUCAACCCAGAUGCAAUGCGCACCUUCAAAGGUAAAAAUCCGUCCCGUUACUCCUAUCUGGUUCAAGGCCACGAGAACCCCUACUUCUUACCAGGAGAGGACAAGAGGAACUGAUGAAGUCCAUGCAGAAAUGUUAUUUAUUCAUUCUUGACCUUGCUUGUAUUAAUAAUAAAUCAUAAAAGACAUUUCUUAACUGGGAAACAGCCACCAAAGAGAUUUAUUCAAACCAUCAAGAACAUUUUAAUUAUUUUUUUUAAGUGAGGUUGUGUGCAUUAUGUCUGUUCUUUGAAAACAGCUAAAUGCUGCAGAUCACAACCAGUAGAUGUUGCUGUUACUCAGUGUAAUUCUCCUGCCGUUUCAUAAGGUACAUUUGACUUUUUUAUGCUUUUAAGAAAUCAUCCUUUAGUAUUUUUAAAUGAAGCUUCUUAUAUUGCUAAUUACACUAAAGUGUUUGUUAAGUUUACCACCAGUUUUCCUCUGAAAUCAAAGGUAAAUUGAAUGUGGGCUUUCAGGGGCUACUAGAUAUUUUUCUUAUGGGUAUUUUUUAGAAAAACUAAUCUUGUACAACUCAAAGGGGCUGGAUCCCCGGUUGGGGGUAUUUUUUUUAAAGGGAUUCAUAUUAUAGCUUUCUAAAUCUGAGUACUCUGUAUUUGUUGAAGCUGCACUUGCAAAAUGUGCCUGUUUUUGUUUGUCUGUUUGUCAAACAGGUAACAUACAAAGCUGAUGAUAAUACCUAUCUCCUGGAUGUGCCAAUUAUUACGUGAAUACAUUUCUUUUGAAAACUCUAUAUAUAUAUAUAUAUAUAUAUAUAUAUAUAUUUAUCAUUGUGUGUCUGAGAUAGUGCACUAUUUUAUAAGUGGGAAAAAGGUUUUGUAAAUUAUUAAAGAUCUUUUGGCACAGAAUGUGUAUGUGUGUAUGUGCGUGUGUGUGUGUAUGCAAUGGAAAUAAAGUCAUUUAAAAACA